AUGGAGAGCAAGCCAGCAGUGAAUGGCCAUGCUGCCCCCAUCGCCCACCAGGAAGACAUGCCAGGAGGAAACCACUUGGGCCAGGACAUACUGCCUUGCAAACAGAAAAAAGCAGCUGACAGGGGCGUGGUGGCGAUGGAUGCUUCUAGUGAGCCCUCAGAGGUAGCCAGCAGCAUUGCUGGAGUGUACGUAGAGGCUUCAAAGAAGAUAAUGAGCUUUUAUGAUGCCACCAGAGAGCAUCUUCUGAGUUUGGAUUCGGCGCUCUAUCUUCUCGAGGCCCAGGCAGCCACAGGCUUCAUCACUGACCCGGUGAAGAACAGGCAUGUCUCUGUAGCAGAAGCCGUGCAGCUGGGGCUGGUGGGGCUAGAGCUGAAGGAGAGGCUGCUCUCUGCAGAGAAAGCUGCUACUGGCUUUGUGGACCCCUACACAGAAGAGAAGAUCUCCCUCUACCAGGCGGUCCAGAAAGACCUGAUCGGGAGGGAGCAAGGUACUCGGCUGCUAGAGGCCCAGAUUGCAACCGGAGGCAUCAUUGACCCAGCCACUGGCUGCCGGCUGCCAGCAGAUGUUGCCUGUGAGAAGGGAUAUUUAGAUGAAGAGAUGAGACAGCUCCUCUCUGACCCCAGCAGUGAGGACAACAAAGGGUUUCUCAACCCCAGUACCAUGCAGAGGGUCACUUAUAUGGAGCUUAUAAAGAGGUGUGUUGUUGAUCCGGCCUCAGGCUUCCUCCUCUUGCCCCUGCAAAUCACGUUUCCAGGGCUGGGAGGGAGGGUGAGCAGUAGGGAUCUGCUGGACUCUGGCAUCAUCAGCCCUGACAUGUUCAGAGAUCUUGAGGAGGGAAGAGUUUCUGCCCAGGAAGUAGCAGAGAAUGACUACGUUCAGCAGUUCCUGCAUGGAACAAGGAGCGUGGCUGGUGUUGUCCUGCCUUCCAGUGAGCGGAAGAGCCUUUACCAAGCACUGAGAGAGCAUCUCCUCAUGCCUGGUGCUGCUCUGAUGCUCCUGCAAGUCCAGGCCUCCACCGGCAGCCUGACAGACCCCAUAAAGAACAAAAGCUACUCAGUUGAUGAAGCUGUCAGGGUCGGUCUCAUCGGCCCAGAGCUUCAUGAGAAACUGUCUUCAGCUGAGAGGACCAUCACUGGAUACAACGACCCCUACACUGGAGAAAUGCUCUCUCUGUUCCAAGCCAUCAGGAAGGGCUUUAUCCCCAAGGACCAUGGCAUUUGCCUUCUGGAGGCUCAGAUGGCCACAGGGGGUAUAAUUGCUCCAGGCAGGCACCUCCGUGUCCCCACAGAGACAGCUUGCAAGUGGGGGUACCUGGACGAGGCCACAAGACAGCUCCUCUCCAGUCCUACUGAUGACAUGAAAGGGUUCUUCGACCCCAGCUCCAAGGAGAAGCUGAUCUACGCAGACCUGCUCAAGCGCUGUGUCACCGAUCCCAACACGGGGCUCCUUCUGCUGCCACUUGGUGGAGACAGCAAAGAAGGAUCUGAGGGAACCCGCCUCUUCUUUGACCAUGGGACCCAAACAGCUCUGGAAAACACAUGGAUACCCAUUGCUUUAGGUAAAUUCAAGGGAAAGUCGGUGUCUCUCUGGAAACUCCUCUUCUCAGACUACAUCCAGAGUGAGCAAAGAGCUGCUCUCGCCCAGCGGUACCUUGCAGGAACACUCUCUACAGAAGAAUUGGGUAAGGCAGUCAGUGCCACCAUCGAGGAAGUGGUUUCCACUGCUAAUGUCACCUUUGAAGGACUGAGGGACCGGGUGACAGCUGACCAGCUCCUGAGCUCUGAAAUCAUUAACAAAGAUUUGUUUAAGAAACUGAAGGAGGGAGAAACAUCAGCCAAAGAAGUUGUCAGCAUGGACACUGUCAAGAAGUACCUGCAAGGGACAGGUAGCAUUGGUGGACUUCUGCUUCCUGACUCCCAGGAGAAGAUCAGCAUCUACCAGGGCAAGCGCAGAGGUCUUUUAAGGCCAGGAACAUCACUGAUCCUCCUGGAGGCACAGGCUGCUACUGGAUUCAUCAUCGACCCAGCUGCCAACAAAAGGUAUUCUGUGGAUGAGGCGUUAAGAGCGAACAUCAUUGGCCCAGAUGUUUAUGACAAGCUGCUGACUGCAGAGAAAUCAGUCACCGGCUACAGAGAUCCUUACUCAGGGAACAAGAUCUCCCUCUUCCAGGCCAUGAAGAAGGAGCUCAUUGUCAAGGAGCACGCUAUCCGCCUGCUCGAGGCCCAGAUCGCCACCGGCGGCAUCAUCGACCCCGUGCACAGCCACCGCAUUCCCGUGGAGGUGGCCUACCGGCGCGGCUACUUUGACAAGAAGAUGAACUUAAUCCUUUCUGAUCCCAGUGAUGACACCAAGGGCUUCUUCGACCCCAACACUCACGAGAACCUCACCUACCUGCAGCUGAAGGAGAAGUGCAUCACAGAGCCAUCCACUGGGCUCUGCCUCCUUCCUCUGAAUAGCAGGAAGCGCCAGUUCAUCGAUGAUGCCACCAGACGGGUGUUCAGAAGCUCCUGGCUGCCGGUCAGGUUUGGAAGGUUGCGGGGGGAGAAGGUCUCUGUGUGGGACCUGCUGAACUCUGAGUACUUCAGCGAGGGGAGGCGCCGAGAGAUAUUCAACCACUACCAGCUGAGGAAGCUCACCCUGGAGCAAAUUCGAAUCAUGUUAGAGGAGGAGAUGAAAAAAUGGGCCCCCAUCAAGUUCCCAGCCAUGAGAGGCAGUGUCAGCGCUUACCACCUGAUGGAAACAGGCGUCAUUGACAAGGCCCUGUUUGAGAAGGUGUUGGAGGGGUCCGUCACACCAGAGGAAGUCCUGCACAUGGACUCUGUCAGAAAGUACCUCUAUGGCUCUGGCAGCAUUGGGGGGAUAGUACUCCAGCCAUCAAAGCAGAGGAUAAGCAUUUAUGAGGCCAUGAAGAGAAACAUCAUGGUGCCAGGAGUAGCCCUCCCACUGCUAGAGGCCCAGGCUGCCACAGGCUUCAUCAUUGACCCAGUGAACAACCAGAAACUUUGUGUGGAUGAUGCUGUCAAGGAGGGAGUCAUUGGGCCAGAAGUCCAUGAGAAGCUGCAGCAUGCGGAAGGUGCUGUAACAGGCUAUAAAGAUCCUUUCACUGGCAAGAAGAUACCACUCUUCCAGGCGAUGAAGAAGGGCUUGAUUGCUGACAAACAGGCCAUGCAGUUGAUGGAGGUGCAGAUGGCUACAGGAGGCAUCAUUGACCCAACAUGCGGCCACUAUAUCCCUGUAGAAUCUGCCCAGAAGCGAGGGUGCCUAGAUGAGGACACAAGCAAGGCCCUUUCUAAGCCCAGUGACAACAACAGAGCCUUCUGCGUCCCAGACAGCAAAGAGACCGUGACCUAUGCUGAGCUAAUCAAGCGCUGCCAGAAGGAUGAGAUCUCUGGCUUCCACUUGCUGCCUCUGACACAGACAGCCGCUCCUGCCUACACCGACAAACAAAUCCAACAGAUUUUUAAGGAAACUGUGGUGAAGGAAAAAGGGGUCUCCCUCUGGGAGCUAAUCCACUCUGGGUAUUUCACUGAGGAGCAGAGGAGUGACUUCGUGGAGAGGUUGCGGUCUGAGGAAAUGUCUCUGCAGCAGCUGGUUGCUCUUGUGCUCAGACUGGUUGGGGAGAUGGAAACGAAAGCCCGCACCCGCAUCACCUUGGGAGGCUUGCGGGGCAGCGUCCCUGCAGUCUGGCUGCUGGAUGCUGGCAUCAUUACUGAGAAGACAUUUGAAGAACUGGCUCAAGGCAUAAGAACUCCUGAGGAAGUGGCUGCGAUGGAGAGUGUGAAGAUGUACUUGCAAGGCACAGGCAGCAUUGCCGGGGUAUUCAUAGAGGCAUCCAAAAAGAGGAUGAGCUUUUACGAUGCCAUGAAAACCAAUCUCCUCCUCCCUGGGGCUGCGCUGAAGCUGCUAGAAGCUCAGGCAGCCACAGGAUACCUAACUGACCUAGCAACAAACCAGAGACUCAGCGUGAAGGAUGCUGUCAAAGCAGCUGUUGUGGGUGAAGAGCUCACCGAGAAACUCCUUCUAGCUGAGAGGGCAGUGACCGGCUACACAGACCCCUACACGGGCAGCUCCAUCUCACUAUGCCAAGCACUCAGGAAGGAGCUGAUUCCCCUGGAAGAUGCUGUUCCCUUGCUAGAGGCCCAGCUGGCCACAGGAGGGGUCAUUGAUCCCAUUCACCACCACCACCUUCCACUCCAGGCUGCAUGCAGAUACGGCUUUUUCGAUGAGGACCUGAACCGAACCCUCUCGCAGAUCAAUGACAACACCAAAGUCUUCUUUGAUCCAAACACAAAGGAGAACAUGACCUACCAGCAGCUGAAGGACAGGUGCAUUCAUGAGGCUGAGUCAGAUCUCUGGCUCCUUCCUCUGUCAGAAAAUGCGAUGUUCUGUGUGGAUGAACAAACCAUGGAGGUGCUGAAAUCUGUGACUGUUUGUGUCAACGUAGGGCGGUUCAAAGGACAGACAGUGUCAGUCUGGGACCUUGUCAACUCGGAAUACCUCUCAGACAGCAAGAGAAGAGAGCUGGUGCAAAAGUACAAAGAUGAGAAUACCGAAGUGCUACGUGAAAUCAUAACAAUUGUCACCACAAUCAUCAAAGAGACUGAGACACAAGGCAAGAGGUUUGCAUUCAAGGGCCUACGGAAAAGAGUAUCUGCCAGUGACCUCUUCCAGUCUCAACUGAUAGACAAAAAAACCCUUGAUGAGCUCAACCAGGGGAAGAAAACAGUCAAAGAAGUCACUGAAAUGGACUCUGUCCGCAGGUACCUGGAGGGCAGCAAUUUCAUAGCAGGGGUCCUUAUACAGCCAAGCAAUGAGAAGAUGAGCAUCUACCAGGCCAUGUGGAAGGGCAUCCUGAGGCCAGGGACAGCACUGGUGCUGCUGGAGGCACAGGCUGCCACUGGCUACAUCAUUGACCCAGAGAAAAACAAGAAGUUUUCAGUGGAGGAAGCACUAACUGCAGGUCUAAUUGGAGGGGAGAUUUUUGAAAAGCUACUCUGUGCAGAAAGAGCUGUGACAGGCUACACUGACCCCUACACAAAAGCCCCAAUGUCCCUAUUUGAAGCUAUGAACCAAGGACUGAUUGUGAAGAGCCACGGCAUCCGCCUGCUCGAGGCCCAGAUCGCCACCGGCGGCAUCAUCGACCCUGUGCACAGCCACCGUAUCCCCGUGGAGGUGGCCUACCAGCGCGGCUACUUUGACCAGGAGAUGAACCAGAUCCUCUCCGACCCCACCGACGACACCAAGGGCUUCUUCGACCCCAACACCCACGAGAACCUCACCUAUAUGCAGCUCCUGGAGAGGUGUGUCCAAGAUUCAGAGACUGGGUUGUACAUGCUACAAGUUGUACAGGAAGGAGGAAAGUACUUCUACAUUGAUGAGUCUACAAAACAGGUUUUGCGCUCAAAGCCCCUGGAAGUGAAAGUUGGAAAGUUUAAGGACCAAACAGUUUCCAUCUGGGAAAUUCUCUGCUCUCAUUACAUCUCUGAGCAUAAAAGGAAAGAACUAGUGAUGCAGUACAAAUGCAAAACCCUCACACUGGAAGAUCUUAUAGCCCUCGUCCUCAAAAUAAUUGAAGAUACAGAGGAAAGAGCAGAAGCCCUCAAGGUUAAAGGACUCCGGGGGGAUGUGUCAAUAUCAGAAUUGUUUAACUCUGAGAUAAUUGACAAGAAAACUCUAGAUCAGCUGCAGGAUGGGAGUCUUACGCUUGCCAGCCUCACAAAGAGGGACACCAUCAAAAGGUAUUUGGAUGGCACUGGAUGCAUUGCUGGGGUUCUACUCCCAUCAAGGAAAGAGAAGAUGAGCAUCUACCAGGCCCUGAAGAAGGGCCUCCUCACAGAGCAAUGUGCACUGGGGCUGCUGGAGGCACAGGCUGCCACUGGUUUUCUCAUUGACCCACUGAAAAAUAAGAAGCUCUCUGUGGAUGAGGCUGUCUCAUCUGGGCUGGUGGGUAGCAACUUCCACAAGAAGCUCCUAUUGGCAGAGAAAGCUGUGACAGGAUACACAGAUCCUCAUGCAGGAAAUAAAAUAUCCCUGUUCCAGGCCAUAAGGCAAAAGAUAACAGCCAAGGAGCACGGCAUCCGCCUACUUGAGGCUCAGCUCGCCACCGGCGGCAUCAUUGACCCUGUGCACAGCCACCGCCUCCCUGUGGAGGUGGCCUACCGGCGCGGAUACUUGGAUGAUGAUAUGUUUCUCCUGCUUUCUGAUCCAGAUCAUGGUAGCAAAGGUUUUAUAGAUCCAAACACUCAUGAGAAAAUCAGUUACAAUAACCUCCUACAGCGAUGUUCUAAAGACAUAGAUACUGGAUUGCACAUGCUGCAGGUCAUGAAAAAAGCAGAAGACUAUUUCUAUGUUGAUGAGCAAACAAAAAAUGCCCUAUUACGUACAAAGGUACAAGUGCCUGUUGGAAAGUACAAAGGACAUAUAUUAUCACUGUGGGAACUUCUCUGUUCUGAAUACAUCACAGAAGAAAAAAGAAAAGAACUGGUGAAAAGAUAUAAACAGCAAUCCCAUCAUAUUAUACAAGGAAUCAUUGAUACAAUACUAAAAAUAAUUAGAGAAAAGGAAGAGGGCAGAAGUGAUGUCUGGUUCCAAGGUAUCAGGCAACAAAUAACAGCAUCAGAACUUCUUAGUGCAGAGAUAAUUACAGAAGAAACAAUGGAAAAACUCAAUGAAGGAAAAGAGACGGCACAAGAAAUAGCAAAAAUGUCUAGUGUAAAAAGAUACCUUCAGGGAACAGGCUGCAUCGCUGGCGUGCUGGUGCCCUCCAAGGCCGACCCCGCCCAGGCGGAGAAGAUGACCAUCUACCAGGCCAUGUGGAAGGGCAUCCUGAGACCAGGGACAGCACUGGUGCUGCUGGAGGCGCAGGCUGCCACCGGCUUCGUCAUUGACCCCCUCAACAACAAGAGGCUCUCCGUGGACGAGGCCGUCUCCUCCGGGCUGGUGGGCAGCGAGCUACAAAGAAAACUCCUUUGUGCAGAGGGAGCUGUGACAGGUUACACCCACCCCUGCACAGGACAAAAGAUGUCCCUCUUCCAGGCCAUGAAGAAGGAGCUCAUUGUCAAGGAGCACGGCAUCCGCCUGCUCGAGGCCCAGAUCGCCACCGGCGGCAUCAUCGACCCCGUGCACAGCCACCGCCUCCCCGUGGAGGUGGCCUACCGGCGCGGCUACUUUGACCAGGAAAUGAACCAGAUCCUCUCCGACCCCACCGACGACACCAAGGGCUUCUUCGACCCCAACACCCACGAGAACCUCACCUACAUGCAGCUCCUCCGCCGCUGCGUGCCCGACCCGGACACGGGGCUGCUCAUGCUCCAGCUGAUGGACAAGGGCUCCGUGCUCUACCAGCUGACCGAGGACGCCCGGAAAGCCCUGCAGGACGCCCGCACCACCGUCAGCGUGGGGCUCUUCCAGGGCCAGAGCGUCACCGUCUGGGAGCUCCUCUUCUCCCGCUACGUCCCCGACCACCGGCGCCAGGACCUCCUCCGCAAGUACAAGGCGGGGACGGUCACCAUCUCGGAGAUGAUCGCCCUCCUCGUCGCCAUCAUCACUGGGGCUGAGGGCCAGGGCCAGGACGCGGUCCCGGCCCGCAAGCCGACGCAGCGCGAGGCCCCGCCGCCGGCCGAGAACGGCGAGGCCAUGGGCUCCCAGCAGCAGCCGCAGCGGGAGCUGGAGCGGGAGCGGGAGCUGGAGCUGGAGCGGUCCCUGAAGUCCCACACCGUCGAGGUCUCGGCGGGCGGCUUCCACGGCAGGAAGGUCUCCCUGUGGGAGCUCCUCUUCUCCAAGUACGUCUCCGAGGCAAAGAGGCGGGAGCUGCUGGGGAAGGUCCGGGCCGGGAGCCUGGCGCUGGACGAGCUGGCAAGGCUCCUCACCGUCCUCAUCGAGGAGGCGGUGGAGCGGAGCAGCAACGUGAAAUUCACGGGCCUCAGGAGGCAGGUGACCGCCUCGGACCUGGUGGACUCGGGCAUCAUCGACAAGGACACGCUGGCCGACCUCGUCCAGGGCUCCAAGACGGUGGAGGAGGUGACGGAAAUGGCCUCCGUCAAGCGCUACCUGGACGGCACGGGCUGCAUCGCUGGCGUGCUGGUGCCCUCCAAGGCCGACCCCGCCCAGGCGGAGAAGAUGACCAUCUACCAGGCCAUGUGGAAGGGCAUCCUGAGGCAGGGCACGGCCCUGGUGCUGCUGGAGGCGCAGGCUGCCACCGGCUUCGUCAUUGACCCCCUCAACAACAAGAGGCUCUCCGUGGACGAGGCCGUCUCCUCCGGGCUGGUGGGCAGCGAGCUGCACGAGAAGCUCCUGUCGGCCGAGAGGGCCGUGACGGGCUACACCGACCCCUACACCGGCGACCAGAUCUCCCUCUUCCAGGCCAUGAAGAAGGAGCUCAUUGUCAAGGAGCACGGCAUCCGCCUGCUCGAGGCCCAGAUCGCCACCGGCGGCAUCAUCGACCCCGUGCACAGCCACCGCCUCCCCGUGGAGGUGGCCUACCGGCGCGGCUACUUUGACCAGGAGAUGAACCAGAUCCUCUCCGACCCCACCGACGACACCAAGGGCUUCUUCGACCCCAACACCCACGAGAACCUCACCUACAUGCAGCUCCUCCGCCGCUGCGUGCCCGACCCGGACACGGGGCUGCUCAUGCUCCAGCUGAUGGACAAGGGCUCCGUGCUCUACCAGCUGACCGAGGACGCCCGGAAAGCCCUGCAGGACGCCCGCACCACCGUCAGCGUGGGGCUCUUCCAGGGCCAGAGCGUCACCGUCUGGGAGCUCCUCUUCUCCCGCUACGUCCCCGACCACCGGCGCCAGGACCUCCUCCGCAAGUACAAGGCGGGGACGGUCACCAUCUCGGAGAUGAUCGCCCUCCUCGUCGCCAUCAUCACUGGGGCUGAGGGCCAGGGCCAGGACGCGCGGAGCAGCAACGUGAAAUUCACGGGCCUCAGGAGGCAGGUGACCGCCUCGGACCUGGUGGACUCGGGCAUCAUCGACAAGGACACGCUGGCCGACCUCGUCCAGGGCUCCAAGACGGUGGAGGAGGUGACGGAAAUGGCCUCCGUCAAGCGCUACCUGGACGGCACGGGCUGCAUCGCUGGCGUGCUGGUGCCCUCCAAGGCCGACCCCGCCCAGGCGGAGAAGAUGACCAUCUACCAGGCCAUGUGGAAGGGCAUCCUGAGGCAGGGCACGGCCCUGGUGCUGCUGGAGGCGCAGGCUGCCACCGGCUUCGUCAUUGACCCCCUCAACAACAAGAGGCUCUCCGUGGACGAGGCCGUCUCCUCCGGGCUGGUGGGCAGCGAGCUGCACGAGAAGCUCCUGUCGGCCGAGAGGGCCGUGACGGGCUACACCGACCCCUACACCGGCGACCAGAUCUCCCUCUUCCAGGCCAUGAAGAAGGAGCUCAUUGUCAAGGAGCACGGCAUCCGCCUGCUCGAGGCCCAGAUCGCCACCGGCGGCAUCAUCGACCCCGUGCACAGCCACCGCCUCCCCGUGGAGGUGGCCUACCGGCGCGGCUACUUUGACCAGGAGAUGAACCAGAUCCUCUCCGACCCCACCGACGACACCAAGGGCUUCUUCGACCCCAACACCCACGAGAACCUCACCUACAUGCAGCUCCUCCGCCGCUGCGUGCCCGACCCGGACACGGGGCUGCUCAUGCUCCAGCUGAUGGACAAGGGCUCCGUGCUCUACCAGCUGACCGAGGACGCCCGGAAAGCCCUGCAGGACGCCCGCACCACCGUCAGCGUGGGGCUCUUCCAGGGCCAGAGCGUCACCGUCUGGGAGCUCCUCUUCUCCCGCUACGUCCCCGACCACCGGCGCCAGGACCUCCUCCGCAAGUACAAGGCGGGGACGGUCACCAUCUCGGAGAUGAUCGCCCUCCUCGUCGCCAUCAUCACUGGGGCUGAGGGCCAGGGCCAGGACGCGGUCCCGGCCCGCAAGCCGACGCAGCGCGAGGCCCCGCCGCCGGCCGAGAACGGCGAGGCCACGGGCUCCCAGCAGCAGCCGCAGCGGGAGCUGGAGCGGGAGCGGGAGCUGGAGCUGGAGCGGUCCCUGAAGUCCCACACCGUCGAGGUCUCGGCGGGCGGCUUCCACGGCAGGAAGGUCUCCCUGUGGGAGCUCCUCUUCUCCAAGUACGUCUCCGAGGCAAAGAGGCGGGAGCUGCUGGGGAAGGUCCGGGCCGGGAGCCUGGCGCUGGACGAGCUGGCAAGGCUCCUCACCGUCCUCAUCGAGGAGGCGGUGGAGCGGAGCAGCAACGUGAAAUUCACGGGCCUCAGGAGGCAGGUGACCGCCUCGGACCUGGUGGACUCGGGCAUCAUCAACAAGGACACGCUGGCCGACCUCGUCCAGGGCUCCAAGACGGUGGAGGAGGUGACGGAAAUGGCCUCCGUCAAGCGCUACCUGGACGGCACGGGCUGCAUCGCUGGCGUGCUGGUGCCCUCCAAGGCCGACCCCGCCCAGGCGGAGAAGAUGACCAUCUACCAGGCCAUGUGGAAGGGCAUCCUGAGGCAGGGCACGGCCCUGGUGCUGCUGGAGGCGCAGGCUGCCACCGGCUUCGUCAUUGACCCCCUCAACAACAAGAGGCUCUCCGUGGACGAGGCCGUCUCCUCCGGGCUGGUGGGCAGCGAGCUGCACGAGAAGCUCCUGUCGGCCGAGAGGGCCGUGACGGGCUACACCGACCCCUACACCGGCGACCAGAUCUCCCUCUUCCAGGCCAUGAAGAAGGAGCUCAUUGUCAAGGAGCACGGCAUCCGCCUGCUCGAGGCCCAGAUCGCCACCGGCGGCAUCAUCGACCCCGUGCACAGCCACCGCCUCCCCGUGGAGGUGGCCUACCGGCGCGGCUACUUUGACCAGGAGAUGAACCAGAUCCUCUCCGACCCCACCGACGACACCAAGGGCUUCUUCGACCCCAACACCCACGAGAACCUCACCUACAUGCAGCUCCUCCGCCGCUGCGUGCCCGACCCGGACACGGGGCUGCUCAUGCUCCAGCUGAUGGACAAGGGCUCCGUGCUCUACCAGCUGACCGAGGACGCCCGGAAAGCCCUGCAGGCCGCCCGCACCACCGUCAGCGUGGGGCUCUUCCAGGGCCAGAGCGUCACCGUCUGGGAGCUCCUCUUCUCCCGCUACGUCCCCGACCACCGGCGCCAGGACCUCCUCCGCAAGUACAAGGCGGGGACGGUCACCAUCUCGGAGAUGAUCGCCCUCCUCGUCGCCAUCAUCACUGGGGCUGAGGGCCAGGGCCAGGACGCGGUCCCGGCCCGCAAGCCGACGCAGCCCGAGGCCCCGCCGCCGGCCGAGAACGGCGAGGCCACGGGCUCCCAGCAGCAGCCGCAGCGGGAGCUGGAGCGGGAGCGGGAGCUGGAGCUGGAGCGGUCCCUGAAGUCCCACACCGUCGAGGUCUCGGCGGGCGGCUUCCACGGCAGGAAGGUCUCCCUGUGGGAGCUCCUCUUCUCCAAGUACGUCUCCGAGGCAAAGAGGCGGGAGCUGCUGGGGAAGGUCCGGGCCGGGAGCCUGGCGCUGGACGAGCUGGCAAGGCUCCUCACCGUCCUCAUCGAGGAGGCGGUGGAGCGGAGCAGCAACGUGAAAUUCACGGGCCUCAGGAGGGCUCCAAGACGGUGGAGGAGGUGA